AGUUUGAUCCAUGCAUUCACAGUUGUAUGUGUAUGUAUAUCUACCUUAGACUGACGAUUUGAUCACGAUCACUUGCUACAUUUUGUAGCCCCUUUGCUAUGGUGAAUCAAAUUUAGAUGCUACAUCUGGCCAUACAACUUUGGCAAACAAAGCUCCAAGCAUAUCAUCGCAUAAAAGCCAGAUGAUAACUUAGGCAGUACUAGUGAAAGCACAAUUUGACUUUCUCCGAUCCAUAUUGUUUACCAUUUUUGUUCUCUUAUGGUAAAAGAUCAAUUUCCCACAUACAAAACUUGUCAGGAUAGUGCAAUAACUACUCCAUGUGUAGCAGCGUUAUAUGGUAACUUAGUGUAUAUGAGGCUCCACUUGCAUUAUUUCGAUCUUGUGUGAGCAUGCUUUUUGUAUCUGAAAAAUCGUUGGUGAAAGCGACCAGAAAUUGACCUAAGAAUAUGAAAUCUUCGCCUCUGAAUAUUAUAUCGUUAUGUUUCAGGAUCGCAAGCUAUGAUGUAAUCUUACAUAUCCUUCACUGUAAAGUUUGCAGUUGUCCCUGUCACACUCUUAUAUAGUACAGUUUCCUCUGUUGUUGAAGGCUUACAUUUUUUGCUUCAUAAUCAGGAAAAUUUACUAAGAGCAAGGGAGAAUGAUUACUCAACACAUGUAUUUUCUCACGUGAUUAUAUUGUCCUAAUCUUGUGGUCUGUAUAUGCCUCUUGGCAUCAUUGUCAGGUCUCACUCAUGCUACAUGCCUGGACCUUGGCAAGGAGACUCAAGUGUGGAGAUCAGACGCUGACCAGUUCCGGUUUACCAAUUCCGCUGCUGUGGCAUGCAAGCCAGUGCAACUCCAAAUAUGAAGCUCCUGUACGUGUGCCACCUGGCUAAGCUUGCCUUUUCGCCAUCGCUCAUCGCUGAGAUACUGGCACAUGCCACUUUCUCUGUUGUAUGCCGAGCAAGAACGUCUUGCUUUUGAUAAUGAAUAAACUUGUUAUACAUGUAAAAUCUACUUGGCAGUUGCCUUGGAUGCUGUGAUAUCUCAAAGUACAUAUAUUAGUUGCCACAACUCUCUCCUAGACCUCGCUAACUGGUGCUGCAAGUGGCAUAGAUCAUCUAACAAUAAACUAAUUGAUACUGGGGACUGAAUCUGAGAUCAGCCUACUAUUAAACAAUCAUACACCAGAAUAGCAAGUCAGAGUAUACUCGGGAGUCUCAAACAAAUACUAUAAGGCUAGUUCUGGCAUUGCCUUGUAUCUGAAUGUUUGACAGGAACACUUCCCCAUCUCCAGUUCCAUGCUCCUUCUCAUGGAGAACUUACCUGCGCUGUUAUUUGUUCUUCUUGGCUUAGCUCUGUUUUACUUGGGUAACAUCCUAUGGCUAAGACCGGAGAAGAUAAGGAAGAGGUUGAGAAGGCAAGGAGUGAAGGGUCCCAGGCCUACUUUGCUUGAUGGCAACACCAGAGAGAUGAAACGUAUCCGACAUGAGCUCAAGCCUAUGAAGAAGCAAGACAGCAACAACUACAUUUCCACCCUCUUCCCUCACCUCCUUAUCUGGAUGGAAACUUAUGGCUCUGUAUUCCUGUACUCAUCAGGAGGUCGGGAGAUAUUGCAUGUUUCUCAGCCAGAUAUGGUGAAGGACAUAGGCCACUGGACACCAUCAGAGCUUGGGAAGCCUAAUUAUCUGAGGAAAUCUCGCAAGGCUCUUCUUGGAAGAGGCAUAUUUACGGUGAAUGGCAAUGAAUGGGUCUAUCAGAGAAAGACCAUGGCGCCAGAGUUCUUCAUGGACAAGAUUAAAGGUAUGAUACAGCUGAUUGAGGAUUCAACUGCUCCGUUGUUAGAAGUAUGGGAGAACAUUCUUGAUAGUGCAGGAGGGAGCAAGGAGAUAGUAGUCGAUGAUUAUGUGCGGAACAUCUCAGCAGAUGUAAUCUCCAGGGCUUGCUUCGGCAGUAGCUUCUCAAAAGGCGAGGAGAUAUUCUGCAGGCUUAGGAAGCUUCAAACGGCAAUUUCUCAACAGGAUGCACUUGUAGGACUCUCUGCACUGUGGAAGCACCUGCCUACCAAGAGCAACCGAGAGAUACGGAAUCUGGUUGAGGAAGUUAGGCUACUGAUCCUGGAGCUGGCAAAGGCCACCACGAACAACAAUGGAGCUGAGCAUUCGGGCACUUAUAACAGUCUUCUGCAUGCCAUCAUCAACGGUGCAAGCGGGCCUGGCCAUGGUGGCACCUCCGAGGACUUCAUCGUCAGCAACUGCAAGGCCAUCUACUUUGCAGGGCACGAGACCACGGCGGUAACCGCCGUUUGGUGCCUGAUGUUACUGGCCACACACCCGGAGUGGCAGGAGCGUGCCCGCGUCGAGGCACUGGAGGUUUGCCAUUCGAGGAGCACAUUGGAUGCCAAUGGCCUCCAACGACUCAAAACUCUGACGAUGGUGAUCCAAGAAACUCUCCGUCUGUACCCACCGGCAUCGCUGAUGCUGCGUGAAGCUCUGACGGACAUCAAGAUCGGCGAGCUGGACGUGCCCCGUGGAACGAUCCUCCAGGUGACCAGAUUGAUGCUGCACCUCGACAAGGAGGCCUGGGGCUCGGACGCCGACGAGUUCCACCCCAGCCGGUUCGCCAACGGUGUGGCCGCGGCGUGCAAGCCGUCGCAUAUGUAUGCGCCGUUCGGGCUCGGGCUGAGGACCUGCAUCGGGCAGAACCUGGCGAUGGCGGAGCUGAAGGUGGUCCUGGCACGCCUGCUGAGCAGGUUCGCCUUCUCGCCGUCGCCGAGGUACCGGCACGAGCCUGUGUUCCGGUUGACCAUUGAGCCUGGGUUCGGCAUGCCGCUGGUGGUGACGAGGCUGUGAUCUUCGUCGUUGAUUUGUAUUUGUAGGGCCUGAACAUUUUCGCAUAUCUUGUGUAAGCUUGUCGAAACAGCCGGUUCUUUCUAUGCAACAAGAGAGUACGUUUUUGAAUGGGGAACACGGGUAACUCGCCUACAGAAUUCGUUACUAACUUUGCUACCCUUGUCUUGCCUUCGCCGUCGACGGUGCUGUUGGAUGCCCGAGUGGCCUCACAGCGGCACUCCUCGGCCGCGCGGAAAAGAGUACACAUCCCGGCGGGAAUCCCUUUCUCGUUGAGCUAGGUGUGUCCUUUGCUGGUCGGGCAAAGAGUGGCGGUUGUUUGGCCGGCCGGCCGGCGGCGGCGGAGGUCCAGCCCGAAAUACCACGCUUUCAGAGUGCGUGACUAAUUUGUAGCCUGGCAUCUGUCCUGCUCCAGCUCCGAAUGGACCACCCAGCAAUAUGCAUAUAAGCAUGUCCUCUCUCUCCCCCAUUCUCUCCGACACGCGCAUGGAGAUAAUUCUCUCAUCAUCACCAUG